AUGGGACGACGAAUUCACUUUGUGGUUGACCCUCAGGGUUGGUGCUGCAUGGGCCUGAUUAUCUUUGCCUGGCUCUACAAUACAAUCUUCAUUCCAAAAGUCAUCCUUUUUCCUCACUACGAAGAGGGACAUAUUUCAGUUAUGGCAAUUUUGUGUUAUUACUUCUGCUCAUUGUUUUGUAUAGCUUCAUUACUAAGAGCCUCGCUAGCUGAUCCAGGAAAGCUACCUGAAAACCCAAAGAUACCAAUUACAGAACUAGAAUAUUGGGAAUUGUGUAACAAAUGCAAUAUGAUGAGACCAAAGCGUUCACACCAUUGCAGUCGUUGUGGGCAUUGCGUGAGGAGGAUGGAUCACCACUGUCCAUGGAUUAAUAAUUGUGUUGGUGAAGACAAUCAUUGGCUGUUUUUACAACUGUGUUUCUACACUCAGAUCCUUAGUUCCUAUACGCUGAUACUUGAUUUCUGCCAUUACUACUACUUUUUGCCUCUGAAAAAACAAAACUGGGAUGUUUUUGUAUUUAGACAUGAACUUGCUCUCCUAAGAAUAUCUGCCGUCAUGGGUCUAAUAAUAUUAGGUGAAAUAAGUGGACUCUUUUACACUCAGCUAAUGGGUAUUUUCACUGACACAACAAGUAUAGAAAAAAUGUCAAACUGUUGUGAAGACAUAUCGAGGCCCCGAAAGCCAUGGCAGCAGACCUUCUCAGAAGUUUUUGGCACUCGAUGGAAGAUCCUGUGGUUUAUUCCUUUCAGGCAGAGGCAACCACUGUGCGUUCCCUACCACUUUGCCAAUCACAUCUGA